AUGCCCUUCCGCCGCGAUGACCUCAAUCUCUACCAAAACCUCGAGGCCCCGAGCUACUUCUGGCGCGGUGCCUCAUACCAGACAAUCCUCGCCGUCGCCACCCUGUCGCGUCUGUUCCUCUACACGCUCAACAAAACCGAAGUCCAUGGCCUACCUCGUUUUCUCGACCUCUUGAAAUCGCGCGUCGACUACAGAACGCGUCGCCGCGGACUGUUGACCGUCUCGAACCACAUCUCGGUCCUCGACGAGCCCUUGAUAUGGGGCGUCCUCCCCAUCUCCUUCGCCGCCUUCCACGGCUACAUGAACCACCGCUGGAGCUUGGGUAGUCAUGACAUCUGCUUUAAAAAUGCCUUUACCUCUCACUUCUUCACGCUGGGACAGGUCCUCCCCAUCCACCGUGGCGCACACUCCCCUUUCGGCGGACCCUACCAGGCUACCAUGACCGAAGCUGUCCGCCUCCUGUCCAAGAUCUCGGCGAAAAGCCAAUCGCUCUGUCCGCUGAGCAACCCGCGCUUUCACAAGGAUUGGCAACCUCCUCAGUGGCCCUGGGAUUGCGUGGAUCCGUUCUCCGACGUCUCUCCUCCGCCCUCCUACCCGUCUCAGCCCUCCGAUGCGAGAUGGUACCUCGCCCCCUCCCGCUACGCAAGCAACUCUUACAGCUGGGUACAUAUCUUUCCCGAGGGGAUGAUCCAUCAAGCCACUGACAACACAAUGCGCUAUUUUAAGUGGGGUGUGGCGCGACUCAUUCUCGAGCCGCCAGAGUGCCCCGACGUGGUGCCCAUGUUCAUCGAAGGGACCGAUCAGGUCAUGCACGAAAGCCGGUCAUUUCCACGCUUCGUGCCCCGGAUCGGGAAGAGAAUCUCUCUGACGAUCGGGCGCCAAUUGGAUGUCGAGGCCGUCUUUGGCGACUUGCGCAAGCGCUGGAGAGAUCUGGCGGACCGGCAUGCCCGUGAAGCCGGACUGCCUAGAUGGGACGAGAUGAUCUUAGGCCUUGUGCCGGAGAACUUGGCGAAUCACCCCGAGGCCGUGGAAUUGAGAAUGGAGUGUGCAAAACGUGUCCGUGACGCGGUUCUCGAGGUCAGAAGGUCAAGGGGUUGGCCGGAUGAAGACCCAAAGAACGGAGUGGUUGAGACCUGGGCGAGAGAGGGACCGAAGCGUGAAGGGCUGAUGGAUGAUGGCACUUGGGUCAAAGAUGCCUAG